ACACAUUAACACAGAUAAGUGCGGUGACACGUUCGACUUUUCUUGUAGACGGUAAUCUGUAAAAUAUGAAGCAGCAAAGAAUGGUCGUGCACAAGGAUCUACAAUAUGAACGAAAUAGGUGUACGUUUGAUCCUGUGGAAGUUACCUAUUUUCUCGAUGGCAGUCCAGAAAAAACGAAGCAACGCCGUGAUCGAGAACAAUAUUUUUCGGAUGUUCUGGCGUUAAAAGAAAAUAUGUCAAUGAGAUACAAGAGCCAUAAAGAAAUAUAUGAAGAUUCUCUACGAAUUACCCGCGAGGUUUUUUCCAAAAUUAAAAAAUUACAACUCUCGAAAACAGAGGAAUAUGAGUUUGUUCUGUCCAUCUUCGCGGCAAGACUUGGAUCUGCACUGUUCCCAGAUGGAAAUCCAGUGGUCGUGCAUUAUGCUAUGUUUCUACCCGCUCUUAUGGGACAAGCAAAUUCUGAACAGCAAACAUAUUGGAUAAACAGAGCUUGGGCCGGCGAUGUUAUAGGAACGUAUGCUCAGACUGAACUAGGCCAUGGAACGUUUCUCAGGGGUUUGGAAACUACUGCAACGUACGAUCCGGAAACGAAAGAGUUUGUUUUGAAUAGUCCAACUUUGGCAUCCUACAAAUGGUGGCCAGGCGGACUGGGUCACACUGCAAAUCAUGCAAUAGUCGUUGCGCAAUUAUACACUCAGGGAGAAUGUAGAGGAAUUCAUCCGUUUGUUGUACAAUUGAGAGACGUGGAGACACAUGAACCUUUAAAGGAUAUUAUAAUUGGUGAGAUUGGUACAAAAUUAGGAAUGAACAGUGCGAACAAUGGCUUUCUCGGAUUUCGUAACUUUAGAAUACCACGGGAGAAUAUGUUAAUGAAAAAUUCUAAGGUACUAGAAGAUGGAACAUACGUAAAAUCUACAAAUGACAAGUUAACGUAUGGUACGAUGGUAUUCGUUCGAGUAAUGUUGCUGCACGACCUCUUACAUUAUUUAUCCAAAGCCGUUACGAUUGCGGUUCGAUACAGCGUAGUAAGACGUCAGGGUCAAAUAAAUCCGGAACAACCAGAGGUACAAAUUCUCGAUUACGUAACGCAACAAAACAAAAUCUUCCCUCAUAUUGCCACAUGUUUCGCAAUAAAAGUUACUGCUAGUUGGGUUUUGGAUAUGUAUCACGCGGUACAAAGUCAAGUGCAUCAGGCUAAUUAUGAAAAACUACCGGAGUUGCAUUCUUUGUCAUGUUGCCUAAAAGCAGUUGUAUCUGCAGAUACAGCAGCUGGAAUAGAGCAACUUCGGUUAUCUUGUGGUGGACAUGGAUACAUGACUGCCAGCAAUCUGCCAACACUUUACGGAUUAGCGACCGCAGUCUGUACUUACGAAGGGGAAAAUACAGUCCUACUUUUGCAAACAGCUAGAUACCUCGUAAAAUCAUGGAAACAAGCUAUGGAUGGUGAACCAUUGCCAGAAUCUGUAGAGUAUCUUAACGAAGCAGCAAAAGGAGGAAAACAUCGUCGUUGGAGUAACGAUUUGGAAUGUCUGAUUGAUGCAUAUAGCGCCGUAGCCGCAGGAUCUGUUCGUUUAGCAGCAGAACAUUUGUAUCGCAGAAUACGUGAUGGAGUUCCGAUAGAGGAGGCGUGGAACCAAACGGGUAUCGAACUAGCUCAGUGUGCGGAAGCUCACGCUCGAGCAUUCAUUGUAAAAACAUUUGCAAAAGCUAUUAAACAGUUGAACUCGAAGUCUAAAGAAUUUCGUCAAGUAAUGUUUCAACUCUGCGAGCUGUAUAUCGUAUAUUGGGCUUUGAGGAACGUUGGUAAUUUUCUUCGAUUUUCUUCUAUGCAGAAAGAGCAUGUUCAGCCACUUCAUUCACGCUUGGAGUAUUUGCUGACGACAAUCCGUCGAAAUGCUGUAGGAAUCGUUGACGGUUUCGAUUUCGAUGACCAUAUUCUUUGCUCUGCUUUGGGUGCUUACGAUGGUAACGUUUACGAACGAUUGUUCCAAGAAGCCAUGAAGAGUCCUUUGAACCAUGAAACUGUGAACAUGUUUUUUAAAAAGUACUUAAAAGCAUUCGUUAAGAGUAAUUUAUAGUGUAAUCUUUCUACAUUUUGAAAGAAAAUUGCAAAUCGUAGUUACCUAUAUUGUAUAUCGUACCUGGUAAUUGAACUUUGAAUAUUUUACAGUUUAAUAUUUUAUAAAUCUAUAUCCCAUAAAUAACAUGAUUGGUCAUUUAAAAGUACAAUUGUAACAUUAUAUCAUAUUAGCGAUAUCGAAAGAAUGUGUUCAUUUGCUCAUUUUGCUGAGAGUUAGUAUUUAACAAAAAAGAGAAGGAACAAACGUAGUUUUGUAUUAUUUUUAUGGACUCUCAUUGUAAAUAUUUAAUUUAUAUAAUGGACUAUCGCUGUAAUAAUUUCAAAUGGACGUUUGAUAAAGAUUUUAGUUUUAAGAGAAACGUUUUAGGAUUGUGUGAUCAUUCUUGGAUAAGAUGUUUUAAAUAUGUUGUGAUAAAUGACAUGUUCCAUACAGUUUUUAUAAUUGGCAAAGUGUUAUUUUCAAGUACAGAAGUGUCUAUCUUUCUUGUUAAACCUGUAACGCAUCAAAGAAAAUUACAUUUUAAAAUUGAAAGGUUCUCAUACGGCACAGUGUUUAUUUACAGAAUAGGAGCGAUGACAUACAUUAUUGUUCGUUAUACUAACAUAGUGCAAUUAUUGUUAAUUUCUGUUAAGAAUAACGUGUCUGGUUAACUUAAACGCCCACAAUGGAAAUAACGCGAUUUAUUCACGAAUGAAAUGUAAUUUGUGAGAUUUAUUGGUACCGGUGCGGUACCAUGAUCUACAAUUUUGAUCAAUUCGUGUAUGUAUAGUACAUCCAACGAGUAUCAAGCACGUGAUAACUCGAAAUAGAAAUAUUCCAAGAACGUUAAUUUAUUCGCUAUUUUUAUGAGGUGUGAUUAUUGCUCAUAUAAGUAACGGAAUUACGAAACAAAUUCUUGGCCAUUAAUACUUGUUCAUUUUGAAAGUCAGCAGAUAAUUAGCAUUCGCUAGGCAAUGGCUACAUUGAUCUUAUUAUCUUGUUUACCUGCACCGACUUGUUGGACAUACUACAUGUAGAUCAUAGGUCCUAGGAACUUCAUGUAUGGACCGAUAGUAUCGUUAUAUUCAUAUAUGUACGUAGACUAAAAAUGUAAAACAGUAGAAAAGAAAAAACUAUAAUUUAUUUUUUCACCGGCGAGCGAUUAUUUUUUUUUAAAAACAAAUACAUAUACAUGUAUAUACUUGUAUAUGUGUGCACUGACCACGAAUAUAUAUACACAUAUAUGUAAUAUAUAUUUCAUGGAUCUUGGAGGGCGAUCCAGAAGGGGAGGAGCGGAGGUUAGACAAUACGCAUUCUUAAAAAAUAAUAUUGUUAAUUAUCGUUAUCAUUAAAUAUUAAUUAUAUUCACUUUUAAAAUUAUUA